CGCGCGGGCAGGGCGCAGGCAGCGCGCGGGCAGCAGCAGGAGGCGGCGCGGUGAGCGGCCGCCGCCCAGCCCCGCCCGCCCGGGGCGCCAGCGGGGAACGGCCCCGGGGGGAGCCGCCGCCGCUCCGCCGCCGCAGGAGGAGGAGGAGGAGGCAGGCGGGAGGAGCGGGGCCGCGGCCGGCAGCGUGCGGUGUGGCUGGGCGGCGGUCCCCGUGAUGGUGCUCCUGCCCCUCUGGGUAGUGGCAGCCGCGCUCCUGGGGGUCCGUGCUGCGGCCGGCCAGCAGGCUGGUAAAGAACAACGCGUCCAGAUAGAAUUACGAAAGAGCAGACUGAGACCGUACGGGUUAGUGAUUCCAAUUAGUACCAAUGCAGAUGGAAGCUACGUCUCCAAUAUCCUCUCUGCAAGUCACCAAAGAAGAUCAGCGCGGGAGGUGUCCCAGAGCCCCAAACAGCUGUAUUUUAACGUCACUGCCUUUGGAAGGGAAUUCCAUCUCCGGCUGAAACCCAACACACGUCUGGUGGCUCCCGAGGCCGUAGUGGAGUGGUACGAAGACUCUGUGGAAACAGGAGAGGAUGCCAGUAACACCAGUCAGACUGGAACUGCUGCCCAGAGGUUAUGGAAAAGAGAGCCGCUGUGGACCAACUGCGCCUAUGUGGGGGACAUAACUGACAUCCCCGGAGCUUCUGUGGCCAUCAGCAAUUGUGAUGGUCUGGCCGGAAUGAUAAGAACCGAUAAGGAUGAGUACUUCAUUGAGCCUUUGGAAAGAGGGAAGCAAAUGGAAGAGGAAAAGGGACGGAUCCACAUGGUGUAUCGGCGCUCAGCUGUGGCGCAGCAUCCCACCGAUGUGCUCCCCGAUGUCCACAGAGAAGGGUCUCUUCUGGGCGGCCCUGGAAAGCUGAGUUCACUGUAUGGCAGUGCGGAGCAGCAGCUGAACGAAACCCUGCGGCGACGCCGGCACGCUGGGGACGACGACUACAACAUCGAGGUGCUGCUGGGUGUGGAUGACUCCGUCGUCCGGUUCCAUGGCAAAGAACAUGUGCAAAACUACCUCCUCACCCUCAUGAACAUCGUGAAUGAAAUUUACCACGAUGAAUCCCUGGGUGUUCACAUAAAUGUUGUGCUGGUCCGAAUGAUCAUGUUGGGGUAUGCGAAGUCCAUUAGCUUGAUUGAAAGGGGGAAUCCCUCAAGAAGCCUGGAGAACGUUUGCCGCUGGGCAUAUCAGCAGCAGAAGUCGGACCCCAACCACUCCGAGCACCACGAUCAUGCCAUCUUCUUAACCAGGCAAGAUUUUGGGCCUGCUGGUAUGCAAGGAUAUGCUCCUGUUACCGGCAUGUGUCACCCGGUCCGAAGCUGUACGCUCAACCACGAGGAUGGGUUUUCAUCGGCUUUUGUCGUUGCUCAUGAAACUGGGCAUGUGCUGGGCAUGGAACACGACGGGCAAGGGAACCGCUGCGGGGACGAGACAGCGAUGGGCAGUGUUAUGGCUCCCUUGGUGCAGGCUGCCUUCCAUCGGUACCACUGGUCCAGGUGCAGCGGCCAAGAGCUCAAAAGAUACAUACACUCUUACGACUGUCUUCUUGACGACCCUUUCGAACAUGAUUGGCCCAAGCUUCCCGAGCUACCAGGCAUCAAUUACUCCAUGGACGAACAGUGCCGCUUUGAUUUUGGCGUUGGCUAUAAAAUGUGCACAGCGUUCCGAACCUUUGACCCGUGCAAGCAGUUGUGGUGCAGCCAUCCAGAUAACCCCUAUUUCUGUAAGACUAAGAAAGGACCUCCGCUCGAUGGGACAGAGUGUGCCCCUGGAAAAUGGUGCUAUAAAGGUCACUGCAUGUGGAAGAACGCUAACCAGCUGAAGCAGGAUGGCAACUGGGGACCCUGGACAAAAUUUGGCUCCUGCUCCCGAACCUGCGGAACUGGAGUUCGUUUUCGAACACGCCAGUGCAACAAUCCAAUGCCCAUUAAUGGAGGCGAAGAUUGUGCUGGGGUCAAUUUUGAGUUUCAGCUUUGCAAUACGGAGGAGUGUCCCAAGCACUUUGAGGACUUCAGAGCGCAGCAGUGUCAGCAGCGCAACUCCCACUUCGAGUAUCAGAACAGCAAGCACCACUGGCUGCCCUACGAGCACCCUGACUCUAACAAGCGCUGCCACCUGUACUGCCAGUCCAAGGAAACCGGAGAUGUUGCGUACAUGAAGCAGCUGGCACAUGAUGGGACUCGCUGCUCCUAUAAAGAUCCCUACAGCAUCUGUGUCCGCGGAGAAUGUGUGAAAGUGGGUUGUGACAAGGAGAUCGGCUCCAACAAGGUGGAAGAUAAGUGUGGCGUCUGCGGCGGGGAUAACUCUCAUUGCCGAACGGUGAAGGGAACCUUCACCCGCACUCCCAAAAAGCUUGGGUACCUUAAGAUGUUUGACAUCCCUCCUGGUGCUCGACAUGUGUUUAUCCAAGAAGACGAGGCUUCUCCUCACUUUCUUGCAAUUAAGAACCAGGCUACGGGACACUAUGUUCUGAACGGGAAAGGGGAGGAGGCCAGAUCCCGAUCUUUCAUCGACCUGGGCGUGGAGUGGGAGUACAACAUAGAAGACGACAUCGAAACCCUCCACACGGACGGGCCCUUGCACGACGCAGUGGUUGUGCUGAUCAUUCCUCGGGAGAAUGACACAAGAUCCAGCCUGACCUACAAAUACAUCAUUCACGAGGAUUCGGUACCAACUAUCAACAGCAACAACGUCCUGCAGGAAGAAAUAGACACUUUUGAGUGGGCGUUAAAGAGUUGGUCGCAGUGCUCCAAACCCUGUGGUGGAGGGUUCCAGUACACCAAGUACGGGUGCCGCAGGAAAAGUGACAACAAAAUGGUUCAUCGCAGCUUCUGUGAAGCCAGCAAAAAGCCAAAGCCCAUUCGUAGAAUGUGCAACCUGCAGGAAUGCACGCAGCCUCUCUGGGCGGCAGACGAGUGGGAGCACUGCACAAAAACCUGUGGGAACUCGGGCUACCAGCUGCGCACUGUGCGUUGCCUUCAGCCCCUUCCCGAUGGGGGGAACCGCUCGGUCCAUUCCAAGUACUGCGGCGGCCAUCGCCCGGAGAGCCGCAGGCCCUGCAACCGAGUGCCCUGCCCGGCCCCGUGGAAACCCGGACCCUGGUCGCAGUGUUCGGUGACCUGCGGGGAGGGGACGGAGACCCGGCAGAUCGCGUGCCGCGCUGGCGACCAGUGCCAGGGAGAAAAGCCGGAAUCGGUGAGGGUUUGUAAACUCCCUCCAUGCAAUGAUGAGCCCUGCAUGGGAGACAAAUCUAUCUUCUGUCAAAUGGAAGUGCUUGCCCGUUACUGUUCCAUCCCUGGCUACAACAAGCUGUGCUGCGAGUCCUGCAGCAAGCGCAGCAGCACCCUCCCACCCCCCUUCCUCACCCAAGCGGCCCAAACUGCUGAGGACGUCGUGUUUGAGGAGAGCGACCUGCCCAGGGCUUUGGUGAUGCCAACACCUGCAGUGCCCCACUCCAUGCAGUUCCAGCCUGGCAGAAGUUCUCCGGGCGGACUCUCGGAAGAAGACGCUGAUACGCACGUCUCCCCAUCCAACACCAAGCCCAAAGGCACUGAAUUACCGCAAUGGAGAGCUCCACCAGCCAGGAAGACUUCUAGGCUGUUUGCUUGGCUACACCAGUUGCCUUCCAACAGCAGCAGCCUCAGUCCUCAUGGUGCCCUGGCCUUGGCAGCAGCUCUUCCCGUGGUGCCAGCUCAUAACACCACGGCGGGUGCUCCUUCGCCAUCGAGAGCCUCCAGGAAGAGCGAGAAGCACAUUGAGAAGAGCUGGCCUUCCAGGUCCUCCGCCGUGGAAAGAUGAACACCUCGUGGAGGAGAGUCACGGAAAGAGGCUUUGUUUGGCGCUUUGGGUUUCACGUCCUUCCUUCUGGACACUCUGGGGCAUGCUGCUUUCCACAAGCAGGACGCUGCAGGUCAUCGACUCCUUUUCCCUGUAAAUAAGACGAACGAGAAGUGCUGGUUCACUUUCUGGUUGCUCCUGUCCUCCUCCCGUACUGCGUUAUCUGGCUAGCUUCAGCGCGUGGGAGGCAAGCACCAAAGAAUAUUCCUGCCCAUGAGCAGAAGUUGCCGAGGGCAUCGCUCCGGCCCUGACCUCAGCACUCACCUCUUUAUUUUUGGGUUUUUAGCACUCACACGUAGAAAACGCCCCACUCCAAGAGGUACCAGACGUUUACACUAUACAAAACACUUUUUUUUUUUUUUUGCAAUGGAACAACUGAAUCCAUAAGACUUGUUUUGCUAACUUAUCUAUCUAAACGGAUAUUGUAUGAGCGAAUUUGCAGCUGUUGUGUAAAUACUGUAUAUUGCGGAAAGUCAGUAUUAUUUUGAAGUGUUGUGCUGUCAGACAACUGUUUACCUGUGUUGUGUUCUGGACACUUGCUGGGUGCCUGCCAUCGAGUACUGCCUUAUUCACGUUCCAAGAGGUGAUUUUUAAAGCAGCAUUAUCAUGAAAGGAGGAGUUCUGUUUCCAUCUGCUGACACUAGGAAAGGGUUUUUUUGUCUUGAGUAUCAACAACGUGAUGCUUUCUUUUGAAAUAGGGGGGAAAAAAAAAAGUGUAAAGCUAAAGGUAGGAGUCUGCGUGGAGCCAGCCACCCGUCCAAAGCAGGUUUAGACACUUUGGUGUCGUCAGAGGUUGGAAAAAUGCUGGGGGGUGGCUGUGGAAUGAGCCCCACGCCCCGCAGAGGAGCAGCAGCGCCGUCCCAUCCCAUCCGUCUCCUCUCGCCCGCCAGCGCAGGAAACCCUGGACAUGCCGUCAGCACUGUCACCUUCACCAGUCACCAACCCGUUCUCUUCUCCAGAUGCUCCCUUGGUGAUUUCUGAAGCUGAAAAAAGCAUCCCAGAGGUAGAACAGGUGCUGACGAGAAAUAGCCGUGGCAAGACUUAAAGUAAGAGAAUUGAUUUUUUUUUUUUUUUUUUUUUUUUUCCCCCCACUACCGGAAGCAUUGAUGUAAAGGUGAGAGAGAUAUUUAUUUUUUGGUGUGGUUCACCUCAAAAUCUCCACCCCCACAAGGCAUCUGACUGCAAUAAGGGACGAGUUGUUUCUGUCCCUGACCAUCUUGUUCACAGCCCGCCCCGUCGCACCCUCUCCUGCGUGUUGCUGUAAAAUACUUGUAUAUAGCAUUGAGAAGUAAAGAUAUUUAUUAAAAGUUGAUUUCUUGAUAGUAUUUUAUGUACUAAAUAUUUACACUAGAGGCAGUUGACUCUUCUUUUUGCCAAGAUAAAAGAGAGAGAUGUAAUUAGGUACCUGUACAUGCUGUGUCGUACGCAUAGAACAGAAAUUUAAGCUAACUCAACUACUGUAGAGAAAUUGUUGAUCUUAUUCUUAAAAAAAAAAGUCUUCUGACAGGUUCUUUUUUAUAUUACAGGCAUCUUUAAUUUCUAAAUAGGUUAUUAAAGUUUGGCGUGCAAUUUUUGCUUCCCCGUAAAAAGUCCUGGCGAUCGACUCCUUUAACGGAACAGGAAAUACCUACCUCUAAAGCGCUAUCAAGCAGAUGAGGACCCCGAAAGAUUAAAUUCUGGAAGCGUUUGUAGGGAUUUAGCGGAAUCACCAGGAGGAGAGCAGGGUGGGAGUUGCUGUCAGAAAGAGUUCGGAGGGAAUGGAGGCGGCGGGUGGGAUAACGCCAUGGAGAAAGCGCGGGGCCGCGGGAUGGAUGCUGUGGGGCCGCGUGUGACCCAACCCCUGGACUGACUGCGCUAAUGCAUCGCUGCUGCCUUUCUGCCAGGCUUUGGAAGGGCCCAGAAACUCGUGCGUAGACAGUACCGACAAUCCCUGAGCCUCAGACAGACAAAUGGGGUGUCUUUGUGUCUUUCCCAUUCCCCGAAAGUCCAGUUCACUUUUCUCUCUGUCUUUAUCUUCUACAUAUAUAUAUACACACACACACAACAUGGGUGUAGAUAAUCGUUGUACCUUUUGGAUUUCUUUUCUACCAAGCUCAUUUCUCGUUCUAUAAAGUGUACACUACUGAUCCUGUUGGUUGUACUGGGGAGCACGGAGCAAUAAAAUCUUUA